AUGACAAAAGAAAAUAGUUUCUGCAAAAAGACCAGGAACAGCCUAUAUAUUUGGUUCAGGUAUACCAUAGUUUUACAAAUUUUUAAAGAUCAUGCCAGAACCAAAGAAUCCAAACUUCAGAUUGCUUUAGCAGAAAUACCCUUUCUUAGAAAUCGUUUGAAUCAGUUCCAAGAUGGCCAGCACGAUCAACAAGUUGGAGGUGCACAGUUAGCAGGUGGUGCUGGACAAACAUAUCUACAUUCACGUAGAUUAAUAUUACAGGAAAGAGAAAUGAAAUUACGCAAAGCAUUGUCAAAGUUAGAGAAUCAACGAAGUUUGUUGAGAAAAGAACGUUUAAAGCGAAAAAUACCAUCCAUUGCUGUUGUUGGCUAUACAAAUGCAGGAAAGACAACUCUUAUAAAGGCAUUAACAGGGGAUAGCAAGCUUGAACCAAAAGAUUAUUUAUUUGCAACAUUAGAUGUUACAGCUCAUGCUGGUAAAUUACCCAAUAAUAUGACAGCUUUGUUCAUGGAUACGGUUGGUUUUAUUUCUGAUAUUCCUAUCAAUCUAAUAGAUGCAUUCUCAGCUACACUGGAGGAUGCUGUUAUUGCUGAUGUAAUUAUACAUGUAAGAGACAUAAGUCAUCCUGAUACAGAAAAUCAAAAACAGAAUGUUCUACAAACUUUAUCUACUAUGUUACCUGCUGAUAAAUUACCAAAUAUUAUAGAAGUUUGUAAUAAAAUCGACCUGUGGUCUAGUGAUAUUAGUAUGGAAGAGACCAGCAGUAUUUUUAUAUCAGCGACAAGUGGAAGAGGUUUAUUACAAUUAAGACAUGAAAUACAGCACAGAUUAAUACAGGCAACAGGUCAACUAAAGAAGAAGUUUAAAAUCCCCAAUGGAGGUCCCCACUUGAGUUGGUUAUAUAAAGAAGCCACAGUGUGCGGUAUUGAACCACAUGAAGAUGUUGAAUAUCUAAUAGUAGAUACAGUUAUAAGUGUUAGUGCUUACUCCAAGUUUAAAUCUUAUUUUAGUAAUUCCAAGUACAAGGACAGUUGAAAAUAAACUGUAAGGUUUUAAGGAAAAUCAAUUGAGAAUAAUUGUGAAGAGGAAAGUGGACAUCAGGGAUAUUAUAGAAUCAUUUUUGUCUUCCCCAAGUCCUGCACAGUUCAUUUCAGCAAAAAAGUACAAUUGCAAGAUAGCAGAGAUACUCUACAAUUGAAAGGAUAUGAGCCAGGUUUAAGUCAACUGUUGUUUUUUAACAUGAGCAUAAUAAAGUAGAUAUUAUUAAUUGCUCAAUAUUCGUCAUUGAAUAAUUACAGGUAUGAAGAACAUGACCAUAUUAUUUAAGUAUUUUUAGGUAGACAUCUCAGAGACGAAUACCAAUUAGAAUCAGAACAAGAAGACUCUGUCAACAACAUCCCGCAGUCUUGGACAUGUGUUCAAAAUACUGGAUACAAAAUAUAUAUCAGGCAUAUGCUACAUGCUUAUAGUGGACAUAAACUGAGUUCAAUUUGAAACAAAAUUUUAGGAAGUUUCACAAAUAUAUCUUGAAUAGCUUCUGAGAUGUACCGUAGAAUUAUUCAACAGGAGAUAGUAUAAAGUUUGAUAAUGAUAUCUUUCAUAUGGGAAUAAUUUGGUUCAACCAUAAUAGGUUGAACUGUGUACUACAAAGUUUCAUACAGAUAUAUUGAAUUGUUUAUGUAUGAGAUAUGUUCCGGAAUGAAAUUGUAUGCCAGAAACUAAAUCAAAUUUCUUUAAGAAAAUUUUAUAAUUAGCAAAAGGUUUGACCCAAAAUAAAUUUUGUAUACCAAACUUAAGUCAAAUUUGUUUAACAGGAAACACAAAAAAAUGAAAUUAGAGAAAUUCUGACAUAGCAAAUAGCAUAACUAUAAUAGGUUGUUAUGUGUACAACAUUUCAAGAAGAUAUCUUGACCGAUUUAUGAGAUAUGUUCCGGGAACGGAAGGACAGGUAGACAUACGAACAACGUCUCAAAAAAGUAUCUUGAACAGUUUAUGAGAUAUGUGAGAUCCGAACAGAAGGACAGGCAGGCGAACGGGCAGAGCCCAUUUCAAUAUCCCUCCAAAACAUCAUUCUAUGUUGAAUUAUGAGAUUGUGGGACCAGGUUGAUAUUUGGUUACAAAGAAAGAGUUGAUAAUUUUAUAUAUUUAGAUAACUACAUAAACUAAUAAAAUAUGCUUGAAACACGA